AUGAGGGUGCUCAAGUUGGAUGGAUAAAAGUUUCAGAGAGAUGGGAUUGGGGAGGGAGGAGGCACCCGGUUCACGGGACCCGGGGUCCAGUGGGCAAUCGGGUCGGAGCAGCGGAGAAGGGUCCAUACCACGAAGGUUCCCACUGGCGGCACAGCCGGAGAUAAUGAGAGCCGCGGAGAAGGACGACCAGUACGCCUCCUUCGUCUACGAGGCCUGUCGCGACGCUUUUCGCCACCUCUUUGGUACAAGGGUUGCUGUAGCUUAUCAGAGCGAGACAAAACUGUUAGGGCAGAUGCUGUAUUUUAUAUUAACAACUGGUUCAGGCCAGCAAACAUUGGGAGAGGAAUACUGUGACAUCACUCAGGUUUCAGGACCUUAUGGACUUCCUCCAACUCCAGCAAGACGUGCCCUCUUCAUUUUAUACCAGACAGCAGUUCCUUAUAUUGCAGAACGAAUUAGUUCCAGAGCUGCUUCCCAUGGAAUCGUUCUUGCUGAUUCACAGUCUGAUGAUGUCUACAACGACAGUGCUCCAGGAAGCGGCCAUGUUCAAUCUUUGGCGGAGACAAAUCUUUCAUCCUCCACAUCACGAGAGUCCAUUUCUUUUGUGAGAAGGUUGAAAGAGAAUCUCAAUAGAUUAUGGUUGUAUGCAGUUCAAAGAUGGCCUACGGUGCUCCCUAUAGCUCGGGAAUUUUUGCAAUUGGUUCUUCGUGCUAACCUCAUGUUCUUCUACUUUGAAGGCCUCUAUUAUCAUAUAUCAAAACGUGCAGCAGGCAUUCGUUAUGUGUUCAUUGGAAAACCAUCAAAUCAAAGGCCAAGAUACCAAUUACUAGGAAUAUUUCUACUGAUUCAGCUCUGUAUCAUUGCUGCUGAAGGAUUGCGGCGUAGCAAUUUAUCAUCUAUUGCAAGUUCAGUGCACCAGACAUCCUUUGGGACCCAUCGAGGUUCAACAGUGCAAGGUUUGCCUGUUUUAAAUGAGGAAGGCAACUUGAUAUCUGCAGAUAAUAACAAAGGAAGUUGGGUAUCCGAUUCUUCUUCAACGUCUGAGUCCCAAGCAACGACUGGGAUUAGCAAAUGCACGCUCUGCCUGAGUAAUCGUCAAUACCCAACGGCCACGGCUUGUGGUCACGUAUUCUGCUGGAACUGUAUCAUGGAGUGGUGCAAUGAGAAGCCUGAAUGCCCUCUUUGUCGGACCCCCAUAACUCAUACAAGCCUAGUUUGCUUAUAUCAUUCGGACUUCUAGGAUUUGAUUAUAUUGGAUUGCAGUCUGUUAUAUGCAGAGAAUGGCAUAUAAUCAAAUAUAAUUGCAAUUAAACAAGUCAAUGCGGAGGAUGGCAAGGCGCCAUUGUUAUCAGUCUGAGAGAAUUAUGUUCUGGGGUUGUUGAAAAUGGCCACUGUUGUAACUUUUAUCAACUGACGGCUUUCUCAAAUGUCUCAAAUGCCUGAAAUCUGCGUUGUUGAGACUGGGUUGGAAGGCCAAGCGGCUCUAGAUCAAGGUCUCUAGACUUUACUACUUGAUAAGAGUUUGCUUCACUACUAAAGAUAAAUUAAGAUGGUGAUGGACAGAGCUCUCUACAAUGGGUUUCGAAAUGCACGUUGAGGGUGAAUUUUUUUCAUUAGAUGUAAAAUUUCGGGGCGGAAAAAGCCCACAUUUUGUGUUUUUUUAAUAAUUGAAAAUAAAACAUGACUAAAAUCACAACAGUGUAGUUUGUUCAGAAAGACGUGACUUAUUUUUUCAUAUAAGUUAUAUUAUUCAUGAAAAA